AUGAAGCUCUCUCUCUUCCUCGUUGCACUUCCCCUCGCGUUUGCAAGGCCCUCCACCCUCCGCCGAAGGGAGCAGCCUGCGCCUGUCCUCCGUCCCCGUGACGGCGAGGCAAUCCCUAACAAGUACAUUGUCGUCUUGAAAGAGGAUGAUGGGGAGUUUACCAUUCAGAGCAGCCUUGGCGCUCUCACCGUCGACCCUGAGCAUGUCUAUAACGCCGAAGGCUUCAAGGGCUUCGCCGCUGAGCUCGACGACGAGACCCUUGCCACCCUUCAGGAUGAUCCGACGGUUGACUACAUUGAGCAAGAUGCGAUUGUGACCAUCAACGCCUACACCUCCCAGACUAGCGCUCCUUGGGGUCUGGCCCGUCUCUCCCAGAAGACUGCCGGCAAGACGACCUACACUUACGACAGCUCCGCUGGUGAGGGUACAUGCGCUUAUGUCAUCGAUACUGGUAUCUACACGUCUCACUCGCAAUUUGAGGGUCGUGCCACGUUCCUCGCCAACUACGCUGACAGCAGCAAUACCGAUGGGAACGGACAUGGCACCCAUGUAGCCGGCACUAUCGGCGGUGCUACGUAUGGUGUCGCCAAGAAGACUAAGCUCUACGCCGUCAAGGUCCUUGACGCUAACGGCUCGGGCACUAACUCGGGCGUCAUUGCCGGAAUCAACUUUGUCGCUACCGAUUCCAAGACACGCUCAUGCCCUAGUGGUGCUGUUGCCAACAUGUCCCUCGGCGGCAGCAAAUCUACUGCUGUUAACAGUGCUGCGGCUGCUCUUGUCAACGCUGGCGUGUUCCUCGCCGUCGCUGCCGGUAAUGACAACGCGAACGCCGCCAACUACUCCCCUGCUUCCGAGCCCACUGUCUGCACUGUGGGCGCUACCACAUCUGGCGAUGUACGCUCUAGCUUUUCUAACUACGGUUCUGUCGUCGACAUCUUCGCGCCUGGUACUUCCAUUCUCUCCACUUGGAUUGGCGGCACUAGCGCUACCAACACUAUUUCCGGCACUUCCAUGGCUUCUCCCCAUAUCGCUGGUCUCGGUGCCUACCUACUUGCCUUCCUCGGCAAGAAGACUCCUGCUGAGCUCUGCUCUUACAUCGCUAGCACCUCUAAUAAGAACGUCCUCACCAGCAUUCCUAGCGGUACUGUCAACUACCUCGCCUUUAACGGCAACCCCUCCGCCUCUUAA